AUGAACGGUGUAGCAGUUUGCCUGUUGCCUGCCGCUGCUCUGCUAAUAUUUUUGGCACACGAGACGACUGCCUAUCAAUCUUUUCCCGGGUCUCCGUAUCAGGUAUCAUUUCGGUUCCGUAAAGAUGCCGGUUACAAGUCUCAACCACCAUUUAAAGGCUACAUUGAUCCGCAGUACAGCCCGGUUAUCCGUUUUCGUCGAAACUUUAAUUCGCUUUCAACAUCAGACGCAGAAGAUCGUAAUACUGCAGUCGAAAAUUACAUGAAACUGAGAAAAGUGUAUCUGUAA